GCGUCAGGUGAAGGUGUGCAGAGACACGAAGCGCGCGCCCCCUCGCUAUACGCUCUCAGAUCCCGCCAGGAAUUCGACCGGCACCACCGUCCAGGAGGGAGUCGCGUCCUUCAAGGCGGCUUUGGAGGGUCCCAGAAGCGCCUGAGGAUUCCCAGCAUGAACAACCCUCUGGAGUUCCUGGUGGGGGGCUCACCCCACGACGUCGGGACGGUACGGACGCUGCUGGUCACCGUUGCUCUCCUGCUCCUCUCCACUCUGAUCCUGAAGGCCUGCUUCAAGUUCACAACAGCCCUGUGGAGAUAUGUCCUCAACGCCCAGCGCCUCAAGUGCUUUCCACAGCCACCGUGCAGAAACUUCGUGCUGGGGCACCUCGGCCUGAUGAAAAACAAUGAGGAAGGAUUUCAGAAAGUGGACGAGUUAGUCGGGAGAUAUGUGCACGUCUGCUCCUGGUGGUUCGGCCCUUUCCAGGCACUCGUGCGUCUUUUCCAUCCCGACUUCAUCAAACCAGCGCUGCUGGCCCCAGCCUCCAUUUCUGUGAAAGAUGAAAUUUUCUAUGGAUUUCUGCGCCCGUGGCUCGGAGACGGCUUGUUACUGAGCAUUGGGGACCGAUGGACGUGGCAUCGCCGGCUGCUGACUCCUGCUUUCCAUUUUGACAUCCUCAAGCACUAUGUUCACAUCUUCAAUAAGUCGACAGACGUCAUGCACAGAAAGUGGUGUCGCCUGCUGGAUGAGGGAAAGGAGUCGUUGGAGAUGUUUGAGCAGCUGAGCCUGAUGACCUUUGACAGCCUCCUCAAGUGCACCUUCAGCUACGACAGUAAUUGCCAGGAGAGGCCAAGCGAGUACAUCACGGCCAUCUACGAGCUGAGUGACCUGGUAGUCAAACGAGAAUACACGCUCCUGUAUCACUUCGACUUCAUCUACCGGCACACACGGGAUGGCCGCCGCUUUCAGGAGCUUUGUGACUUUGUUCACAAUUUCACCUCCAACAUCGUCGAGCACCGGAAGGUGCAGCUGCUGCAGCUCAGCUCAAGUGGACAGCUGAACCCCAAGAAGGGCAAAACGACAGACUUUAUCGAUGUACUUCUGCUCACUAAGGAUGAAGAUGGGAAAGGUCUCACUGCUGCAGAUAUCAAAGCACACGCUGAUACCUUCAUGUUUGCAGGCCAUGACACCACAGCCAGUGCCCUCUGCUGGAUUCUUUACAAUCUGGCACAGCAUCCAGAUUACCAAGAGAAGUGCCGGAGUGAGAUUAACGAGAUCCUGGAGGGCCGGGACACACCUGAGAUCGAAUGGGAUGACCUCAGCCAGAUGCCGUUCACAACCAUGUGCAUUAAGGAGAGCUUGCGGCUGCACCCUCCAGUAACGGCCCUGGCCCGCCGCUUCACUGAAGACUUGAAAGUGCCCGGAGAUCGGGUCAUCCCAAAGGGCAACAUUUGCUUGAUCAGCAUUUAUGGGACUCACCACAAUCCAGCCGUGUGGCCAAAUCCAGAGGUCUACAACCCAUACCGAUUUGAUCCUGAGAACUCCCAAGGAAGAUCAUCUCACGCCUUCAUCCCCUUCUCAGCAGGGCCAAGAAACUGCAUAGGACAAAACUUUGCCAUGUCAGAAAUUAAAGUGGUGCUGGCGCUGACCCUGCAUCGAUUCAAAGUCAUCCCAACUUGCGCCGAGGUCCGCCGUAAAAAUCAGCUCAUCCUGAGGGCAGAAGGCGGGUUGUGGCUCAAGUUUGAGCCCCUCGUGAAGCUAUGAGGGGUCACUCUUUUUGCACCUUCACAAUAAAGCGCGGCCAUGGUACGGAUUAUUUUUCUGGACUUUUCCAUUAAUGGAGCUUCAAGCUUCUGCUUGUCCACAGUCAGUGGGGCUUGAGGUGAAGCUCUGUGGAGGAAGGAGUCUCACUUCUUUGAGCUGCACAUUCAGUACGACGCUUUGCGACAUCUCCUGCUAAAGCACUCAUGGACGCAGAGACUAUGCCUUAUUUUUAGUACUUUUGUAAGUUGAUCGACUUCUUUUCCCCUGAUCUGAGAUGCCAUGACCUGAAGGUUCCUCUUCUUCUCUCACCUUUUGCAUUGGCUUUGAAGCCACACAUGUCUGGCUGGUUGUGCCCCUUAACUCGCUGUCAAUGGUUCUCACCAGUGCUCACAACCCACAAGAUGGUGACUGUGUGAGUGGGCACUGUGGGGUGUGCCCAUGGCUGCUA